AUGCGCGCCCUAACAGACGAAGAAAUGAAGACGGUCCUCGACAAGCUGGCAAACUACAUGUCCGACCUAAAAUCCCUCAUCGCCCCCCUCGAAGACGGCGACCGCUACGUCUUCCGGCUCAACCACUCCCGUGUCUACUACGUCAAGCUCUCCAUCGCCAACCUCGCCACCUCCAUCUCCCGCGACGCCCUCCUCUCCCUCGGCACCUGCCUGGGAAAGCUCACAAAGACGGGUAAAUUCCGCCUCCACAUCACCGCCCUCCCCAUCCUUUCCCAGGGCGCCCGUCACAAGAUCUGGAUCAAGGAGAACGGUGCCCAACCCUUCCUUUACGGAUCAAACGUCGUCAAGGCCCACGUCGGGAGGUGGAGCGAGGAUUGCCCUGAGCAUCAGGGGUGCGUGGUGUACAGCAUGGCGGAUAUCCCGCUCGGGUUUGGCGUCACGGCGCGGAGCACGACCGAGGCGAGGAGGUUGGACCCCACGGGGGUGGUGUGCUUUAGGCAGGCGGAUUGCGGCGAGUAUUUGAGGGAUGAGGAUACACUUUUUGCUGGUUAG